AUGCUUACGUCCUAUAUUAAUAACGGCAAUUCUGUCAGCACCGUUGUUAGCCGAGACACAUCAGAUGAGGAGGCCAUUAAUGGUGUUAGCUGCUUGUGUGAUAGGGGUUAUGUUAUGGAUGAGAGUCGAGGAUUAGCAGGAACACCCUUUACUGGUGGUCCUAAAGAUACAUUCUGUCCUAGUUGGAGUUUGGGUGGAGUUGUUGCUGCUAAUGUUGUGGCUAAAUGCGGGUCUACAUUGAAAGAUGUGCUUGCUGGGUGUAUUGUGGUAUCGGGUGGCCUUAGAAUAUGGGAGAUAUUCGAUACAUUCGAGGUUAAGCAGAGAGUCCAUGGCCCAAUGGUCAACAGAACAGGCUUUUCCCCAUCCGAUCCUAAGUGGUAUGAUAGGCCUACUGAUCUAUAUGAGCUCGAUACAUUGAUCCCUGCUGCUGUCCAUGGUUAUGAUGAUGUUAUUGAUUAUUAUCAUGAUAUGAGUGCCUGUAGUGAGAAAUACAGCAAUGGUGGCGCGAAUAUCGCCAUACCAACUCUCUUGAUACAUUCCCGUGAUGAUCCUAUCAUUCAUGUUGAGGCUGGAGCUGUGUUACCACCAACAGCAUCUAAGUAUCUAUUCUCAUUGAUAACAGAUAACGGUGGGCAUGUAGGUUGGCCUCAGGGCUGGCUACCUUGGAAAACGGGGUUCAAGUGGGUCUCUGAGACCGCUAUCCAAUUCGCCGAGACAGUAGCAUUGAAUUGGGAUCUGCUUGACGACGCUCACUAA